UUUCGGCGCAAUACGCUGGAAAAUAAGAAUAUAAUGUUGAUGGUUAAUUGCAUUACCAUGUUUUCCAGCAAUGUGCGCCGUAAAAUAAGUAAGCUUACAACCAAAAAAAGUCCUAAGCCCAACAAAGCACCCCAGCCCAACAAAACCCCUCUCCUUCCUGAUCUCCGUUUUGGCUUUCACAAAUUUAGCCAUCUCCGCCGUGCCCCAAGCUGCCCACUCUGUUUUUGGGUCAAUUCUUGCCGUUUGGUCACUGGGAAAGCAACACCAAUUGACACCGUUGUUUUGCCUCCCCAUCGAUCAAACUAUUCCUAGCAUAAAUAAGAUCAAAGCUUGCUCCUUUCUUUGAUUUUCAGGUAAUCUUGUUCAAUUCUCUAGUACUUUUAACUUUUUGGAUUGUUGGGUUUGAUCUCAAGAUGGAUUUUGGUUUCUUUGGCCAUGCAAAUUGGUUUUGUUAGUUCUGUGAGUUUUGUUUGUAACUUUCUGGGUCAUUUAUGUGAGUUUUUCUUCACAUGGAUGGGAUUUGUUUGCUGGUUUGAUCUUAAGAUGCGUUGUGUGUGUUUUGGCCAUACAAAUUGGAUUUUUUGGUUUUGUUAGUUUUGUUAGUUUUAUCUGUAACUUUUGGUUUCAUUUAUAUGAAUUUUUCUUCACUGGAGUUGGCCUAUGACUUUUAUUUUGGUGGAUAGUGUUUUGGUAUUGAUGAAAAAGUAGUAUCAAAAGUUAUUGAAUUGGUACCACAUGGUCCACUAGUUAAUAAGGAAAAAUAAAGAAAUAAAUAAUUUUAGAGAUUUAUUAAUAGAAAAAAAAGGCAGUACAAAAUAAAUAAAUGUAAAAGCAAAGAUGAGGUUUUCCCUCAUCCUACGUGUGCUAGUGUUUGUGUUGUAUGUGUACUCUGCGUUCUUUUUUUGUAUUUUUACUUUUUAUAAAGGAGAUAUAAUGAA